AUGAGCCCCCCUUUCAGCUCCGGCAUAUAUGUGAGCCGCGGGGUGGCCCUGCUGCUGGCCGGGCUGACAGCGGUGCUCCUGCUGGCGCUUGUGGUUCUGGCUGCCUUGUAUGGCAGCUGCGCGCACGUCCAGUCUUCGGAGCUGGAUAGCCACCGGGUGAAGGACACAUCAUUGUCGCCUCCCGGCGGCCAGGAGUGGACACAGCCAACCCGGGCACAUGAGUCCACGGUGGGGACCUCCCAGGACUGGAGACCUCCGUCGGGGCCCUGGGAUCAUCUGCGCCUUCCUCCCUGGCUUGUCCCACUUCACUAUGAUCUAGAGCUGUGGCCCCGGCUGCAGCCUGAUAACCUGUCCACACCGAGUUUGACCUUCACGGGUCGCGUGAACAUCACUGUUCGCUGCACAGUGGCCACCUCGAGAUUGUUGCUGCACAGCUUCUUUCUGAAUUACAAGCAAGUGGAAGUGUGGGGUCCGCUGGCUCCGGACACUAGGAACGCCACUGUAGGCCGUGUGCCCUUGGAGAAUGUGUGGUUUGCGCUGGACAUGCAAUAUGUGGUGCUGGAUCUGGGCCAAUCCUUGGAUCCAGGUAGCAGUUAUGAGCUGAAUUUCGACUUCUCUGGCCAGGUGCUUCAGGAAGGCUCAGAGGGGCUCUUUCUGAACCUCUACACUGACGAGGACGAGCUCAGAGCCCUGAUAGCAACUCAAAUGGAACCAACAUUUGCCAGGCAUGUUUUCCCCUGUUUUGAUGAGCCAGCUCUAAAGGCAACUUUUAAUAUUACAAUUAUCCACCAUCCUGGGUAUGUGGCUCUUUCCAAUAUGCCACAGCUAGGUCAGUCUGACAGAAUCGAUGUGAAUGGGAGCAGAUGGACUGUCACUUCGUUCCACACCACACCCCGCAUGCCAACGUACUUAGUUGCACUUGUUGUAUGUGACUUCGACUAUGUCAGCAGAACCGAGAAAGGCAAGGAGAUACGCGUCUGGGCCCGGAAAGAUGACAUUGCAGAUGGAUAUUUAGACUUUGCUGCAAACCACACAGGCCCCGUCUUCUCAUUUCUGGAAGAUUUGUUUAAUAUCAGUUAUCCGCUUCCAAAAACAGAUAUAAUUGCCUUGCCUACUUUUGUCAACGGUGCAAUGGAAAACUGGGGACUGUUGAUAUUUGACGCAUCCUUGCUCCUGGAACUAGACGAUGACCUGCCAGAGAAAAGAGCAAUGAUUCUGAGCAUCCUCUCCCAUGAGGUUGGGCACCAGUGGUUUGGAAACCUGGUGACCAUGAGUUGGUGGAACAAUAUCUGGCUCAAUGAGGGCUUUGCAUCAUAUUUUGAAGUUGGACUAAUUAACUACUUCUAUCCCAAUGUUCCAAGGAAUAUGAUCUUUUUUUUAACCGUUUUACAUGACGUCCUUGAAGACGAUCAUAGCCUGGAGUCUAGAGCUGUGUCCACUCCAGUGGAAAAUUUCACAGAAACCAGAGAAAUAAACAGACUCUUUGACAUAUAUACUUACAAGAAGGGAGCAUGCAUGGCUUGGAUGCUUGCCGGUUUCCUGAGCCAGCACUUGUUCAUCAACGCACUUAAGUCUUAUUUGGAGACAUUUUCUUAUUCCAAUGCUGAGCAAGAUGAUCUUUGGAGACACAUUCAAAUGGCCAUAGAUGAGCAGAGUAUAAUUCAUUUGCCAGCAACAGUAAAACGUAUAAUGGACAGCUGGACACACCAGAGCGGCUUUCCGGUCAUCACAUUAAAUGCGUCUACGGGCGUUGUUAAACAAGAGCCAUUUUAUCUUGAAAGGGUUGAAAAUCAGACUCUUCUGAGCCACAAUACAUGGAUUGUCCCAAUUUUUUGGAUGAAAAAUGGAAUCACACAACCUUUAGUCUGGCUAGAUAAAAGCAGCACGACAUUUCCUGGGAUGAAACUUUCAGAUUCUGACAGUGACUGGGUGAUCUUAAACUUCAAUGUGACUGGGUAUUACAGAGUUAAUUAUGACAAGUUGGGCUGGAAGAAGUUAAAUCAACAACUUGAAAAGGAUCCUAAGGCCAUUCCUGUCAUUAACAGGCUGCAGCUGGUGAGCGAUGCUUUUGCCUUGUCUAAAAACAAUUACAUCGAGAUUGAGACUGCACUUGAUUUGACCAAGUACAUUGCCAAAGAAGAUGAAAUCCUAGUGUGGUUUGAAGUCUUGGUGAACUUGAUAAACAGAGAAGUUGUUUAUGAUGUGAAGAACUAUUAUUUAUACCCAUUAUUGAAGAAGUAUUUCCUGAAGAGACUUAACUCAAUAUGGACUAUUUAUUCAGCUAUAAUUCGAGAAAAUAUGGCAUCAUUACAAGACAACUUUUUAUCUCUACUACCACUGAAAAAGUUUUUUGAAACUGCCUGUUGGUUGGGUCUUGAAGACUGUCUCCAGCUGUCCAGAGAGCUCUUCAGAAAAUGGAUGGCUCAUCCAGAGACUGCAAUACCUCCUCAGAUCGAAAAGGUGGUUUUAUGCAAUGCCAUUGCUCUGGGAAGCAAUAAGGACUGGGACUUUUUGUUUAAUCUUUACAUCAAUAAAACCGAGGAGCAGGAGGACUUGUUCCAUCUUGUCCAUGCAAUGGGCUGUAGUAAAGAUCCGAGGACACUUAACAGAUUUAUGGAGUAUGACAUCACUGUGUUUCCCUCCCGUUUUAACGAAACAAAUUUAAUAGAGGUUGUAGCAGAAUCUGAAGUUGGCUGGUACGUUGCAAAGGACUUUCUAAUCAACAAUUGGGUAGCUGUGUAUGAAAGGUAUGGACCACAAUCGCUGAACACUCUAGUGUCCAUCUUAGGGAGGACUGUCAGCACAGAUCAGCAGGUUAUGGAGUUGCAGCAGUUCCUCAGCACUGUGUUGGAGGAGCACCAGAGGAUUUCGGCUCAUGCCAAAUUACAGGAAAUGAAGGUGGAGAAUCAGAAAAACAAGAAGAGAAUUGCCAGGGUGGUUGAGUGGCUUCGGAAAAACACGUAAUUUGCGGCUUCUGCAUCUUACCAUCUUGUUUACUCACUGUUCUGUCUUCAGUGUUCGGCGACUCUGGAAAACCCACUCAGCUUCUUUUAUUUCAGUCCGGUUCCCUAC